CACGUUUCGAUUAUUGCAAAACCUGCAAAACACUUUUAGUAGCUCGUUUAGCAGAAUUUCCAACGGAAUUUAAAAGAAAAAGUUUAUAAUUAUACAAACGAUGAAUCUCUCGACAACCGACGAAGUUCCGUGCAACGGACCCUGCCGAAAGCGAUUCCGGGCCCUCAACAUGGACCAGGCAACGGCCAGCGUUCUGCUCUCGUCCGGUCGAACACCCGGACUGCAGUGGCUCUGUGCAGCGUGUCAUCAAGCACAAACAUUCAACCCGCAGUACAUCUCCGCUAUCCGUUACGGGACCGAUCUUCCGCCGGAACUUUGGAUCAUGAUCUUCCGGUACUUGGGCAAGCGUUCAUUGCUGCAGGUGCGGUUGACCUGCCACCGUUGGAAGGAGAUCGUCGUUCAAAACCAGUCCUUGGCGAAGAAGUUCUGCGUUGUUUUCGAUGGCCAAUGCACCAUGGACGAACAAUUUCGGCCGGGAAAUCUGUUUCCGGCAUCACGUGCCGAGUUUCGCACGACAUGGAUCAUCUCUGUUGAUGGCUGGUGGCCUUCGUUUGGCGCUGGGUUGACGGAACUGUGUAUUAGUAGCUGUAGGAUAACACUACCGGUUCUUUUGGGAAUGCUGAAAAAGACUCCCAACCUUACUUGCCUGUCUCUGGGCCACGUCGAAUCUACUUCAGCCGAAGAGAUCAAUGUGGACUUUCGGCUGGAGAAGUUGGAAUGUCUUUCCUGUGCGAUGAUUUCCGAUGUCUAUGGAAAUAUUUUCACUCGAUUGAGAGAGCUGAAUUUGGAAAUCGAACUGGAGAAUGGCGAAGAUGAGAAGGUGUGUCGUGUUUUGCGAUCGGUACAAGGAACGUUGCAGCAGCUAGACUGUCAGUUGACGCCGUUUAUGGUGGAACAAAUGGCCAGCAUGGACCGACUUCAGCUGAAAAAGGUGGCAGUUCGUCAAGCAGUUGGCGAUUUGGUAGUCGAGCUUAGCCAAAUUCAGGGCUCGAUUGAGCAUCUCGUCGUUAUUGCUACAGUCGAGGAUCUCUGCAAAAUCGGACGAAAUUUGACCAAGCUGAAAGAAAUCAGCUCCAUCAUGGUAGAUUGCGGGACUCCUUCGUUUCUGGCCGAAAUGCGUCAACUGAAGGUUCUCGAUCUAGAGGGAUUCGAAGAGGAUCGUUGGAAUUUUGAACAGUUCGGCAGUGCAACUCUAACCAGCUUGAAGCUCAACAAAUUUAGCAUCUCCGGCUUGCAACGCUUCUUGACAAAUUGUCCCAAUCUUCAAGAGCUACAUAUUUUCGAAUGCGUCCUAGACAGCUGGUCAGAUAUAUUUGCUGCACGGUUUGAAACGUUGCGUCGUUUGCAUCUGGGCAGCAGCAGUGUUCUGCAAAACGUUAUGAACGUUCCUGCGAAGCUGAAAUGUUUGAAGAAACUAAGAAUUUCAUCGUGCGACAUUUGCGCAGAGAUGCUCGUCGAGUUGCUACAGCAGUGUCCUCGACUAGAGAAACUGAAGCUCUUCGGUAUGAGCUCAAUCGACGACAAAUUUGUGGGCAUUUUGGGCCAAUUUCCACAGCUGAGAAAGCUACAAAUUUUCUACUGUGCUAUAACGGACAAGUCAUUGCAAUUGAUUGCAGAAAACUAUUCUCAUUUGAAUGUAGACAUCAAAUCUAGAAAGAUCUCUGACGCAGCCAUAAAACUGUUCAGGUAUGCUACACGUUCUGUGUAAAAGUGUGCAAAUAAUGUAUCAUUUGGUAUGAAUAAACUACUAACUU